AUGUUGGAUGUGGCCUUGGUCAACUACACAAGCAUGCACGGCAGCUAUCACGGCUACUUCGAGGAUUAUGUCGAAUACGUGAAAAAGGAGGUGCCUACCACAUUAGACAAUCUUAUGCAGCCCAGCGGGAUUGGAAAUGGCUACUUCGAAUGCACCGUCAGCGCAGGUGGGACGAACAUCUCGACAACAACCUGUCCAUACAAGCUCCCUGCGUCAGACAACGUAAAUGUCAACCUCGUGAUCUACUACACGCCCCUCAAUGCUACGGCGUUCUGGGAUUGGUUGCUCUCGGGUUACGGCUUACAGAGGACCUGGGUCCAAUUGACUGAUCAUGUCAUCGAAAAUCAUUGCUCAACUCACAUUCGUCCCAACCAGCCUGUGUGCCAUGAGCAGGUCUACACCUGGAAAGGCUAUCCCAUGGCCGCGGACAAUAUCGUGGUUUCCGACCCUGCAACGAUCAUAGAGUCCACGUAUCCUAAGAUUGCGAAUCUGAAAGACACCAUCGCACUCACACGAAUUCUGAUUAGCACUGGUUCAUGGGGUGGCUCCACUGACGAUGCGGUGCUUGGUAUCUCCACAGCCGUCUUCACAAUGGUGCAGAAAAAAGAACUCGACGAGGAGAUCAUUAUGGCGUUGUUGCUCGUCGUGCCUUUUCUAGGAGAGAUCGACGCCAUUUCCGAGAGCUUAGCGGGCCUGGCGGACAUCAUCAAGAUGUUCAGUGAUGUGAGUUUGCUGGCUGAUAGCAUCUACGAGGUCGCGACCGCCUCAGAUACAAAAAAGGCUAUUAUGGGUAUCUUCGGUGUGUUGCUCCUUGGGGGAGUGCGUACUGUUGAGGAGUUCCAAACAAUGGGUAGACUAUGA